GCCUCGGCGGGCCGAGGUCGCGGGGCGCUCGGCGGGCACCAGCCAUGGGGUGUAGUGAGGCGAGGGCACUGCUCUGGAGAGUCGGCCUCCUCCUCCCCCUGCUGACAGCGCGCCCCGCCGCCGCCGGGCACGUCGCCAGCAACCACGUUGUGUUACUUGAUACUACAACUGCCCUCGGAGAACUAGGAUGGAAAACAUUUCCCUUAAAUGGGUGGGAUGCCAUAACUGAAAUGGAUGAACACAACCGUCCCAUCCACACUUACCAGGUGUGCAACGUGAUGGAGCCCAACCAGAACAACUGGCUGCAAACCAACUGGGUCUCCCGCGACGCCGCGCAGAAAAUCUACGUGGAGAUGAAGUUCACCCUGAGGGACUGCAACAGCAUCCCCUGGGUGCUGGGCACCUGCAAGGAAACCUUCAAUCUCUACUACAUGGAGUCAGAUGAGCCCCAUGGAGUGAAAUUCAAGCCCAACCAGUACACCAAAAUUGAUACCAUAGCUGCUGACGAGAGCUUCACCCAGAUGGACUUGGGCGACCGCAUCCUCAAGCUCAACACUGAGGUUCGUGAAGUUGGGCCCAUCAGCAAGAAGGGAUUUUACCUGGCUUUCCAGGACAUUGGAGCGUGCAUUGCUUUGGUGUCGGUCCGUGUCUAUUACAAGAAAUGCCCGUUCACGGUCCGUAAUUUGGCCAUGUUUCCUGACACCAUCCCAAGGGUGGAUUCUUCCUCGCUGGUGGAAGUGCGUGGCUCCUGCGUGAAGAGUGCUGAGGAACGGGACACCCCAAAAUUGUAUUGUGGGGCAGAUGGGGAUUGGCUGGUGCCUCUGGGACGGUGCAUCUGCAGUGUGGGAUACGAAGAGCUGGAGGGUUCCUGUCAUGCCUGCAGGCCUGGAUUCUAUAAAGCAUUUGCUGGAAAUGUGAAGUGCUCCAAGUGCCCUCCACACAGUUUGACUCACAUCGAAGCAACUUCUGUCUGUCAGUGUGAGAAGGGUUAUUUCAGAGCUGAGAAGGACCCACCAACUAUGGCAUGUACCAGGCCACCCUCUGCCCCGAGGAACGUGGUUUUCAACAUCAAUGAGACAGCUCUGAUGCUGGAGUGGAGCCCCCCGAGCGACACGGGGGGCAGGAAGGACCUCACCUACAGCGUGGUGUGCAAGAAGUGCGGCUCUGACGCCAGCCAGUGCGAGGUGUGCGGCGGCGGCAUCCGCUUCGUCCCGCGGCACACGGGCCUCACCAACUCCUCCGUCACCGUGCUCGACUUCGUGUCCCACGUCAACUACACCUUCGAGAUCGAGGCCACCAACGGCGUCUCGGAGCUCAGCUUCUCGCCCAAGCAGUUCACGGCCAUCACGGUCACCACGGACCAGGACGCACCCACCUUGAUAGGUAUGGUCAGGAAGGACUGGGCUUCCCAAAACAGCAUUGCCCUCUCCUGGCAAGAGCCGGACUUUCCCCAUGGAGCAAUUCUGGACUACGAGAUCAAGUACUAUGAGAAAGUCUACCCACGGAUAGCGCCGGCAUUUUGGCACUACCUGCGGGUAGAAGAGCAUGAACAGCUCAGCUAUUCCUCCACAAGGUCCAAGGCUCCAAGUGUUAUCAUCACAGGUCUCAAGCCAGCCACCAAGUACAUAUUUCAUAUCAGAGUCAGGACGGCAGCAGGAUACAGCGGCUAUAGCCAGAAGUUUGAAUUUGAAACUGGAGAUGAAACUUCGGAUAUGGCUGCAGAGCAGGGACAGAUUCUUGUAAUUGCCACUGCUGCUGUGGGUGGAUUCACUCUGCUGGUCAUCCUCACCUUGUUCUUCCUCAUCACUGGCAGAUGCCAGUGGUACAUAAAGGCCAAAAUGAAAUCUGAGGAGAAAAGAAGGGCUCAUUUGCAAAAUGGACACUUACAUUUCCCAGGACUCAAAACAUACAUAGAUCCAGACACUUACGAAGAUCCAUCUCUUGCUGUCCAUGAGUUUGCCAAGGAGAUUGAUCCUUCAAGAAUUCGUAUUGAAAGAGUCAUUGGGGCAGGGGAGUUUGGGGAAGUUUGCAGUGGACGUCUGAAGACACCAGGAAAAAGAGAGAUCCCUGUUGCCAUAAAAACUCUGAAGGGUGGCUAUAUGGACAGGCAGAGGAGAGAUUUCCUGAGGGAGGCGAGUAUUAUGGGACAGUUUGAUCACCCAAAUAUAAUUCGCCUUGAAGGAGUUGUUACAAAAAGAUCCUUCCCGACCAUUGGGGUGAAGUCUCUUUCCAGAUUCCUGAGGGCGGGAUUUUUAAAUAGCAUCCUGGCCUCUCAUCCAGUGGCAGGGGGUGGAUCUUUACCCCCCAGCAUUUCCUCUGGCAGACCAGUCAUGAUUGUAGUUGAAUACAUGGAGAACGGAUCCCUUGACUCCUUCCUGCGGAAGCACGACGGGCACUUCACGGUGAUCCAGCUGGUGGGAAUGCUGCGGGGCAUCGCCUCCGGCAUGAAGUACCUGUCGGACAUGGGCUACGUGCACCGGGACCUGGCGGCGCGCAACAUCCUGGUCAACAGCAACCUCAUGUGCAAGGUCUCCGACUUCGGCCUCUCACGGGUGCUGGAGGACGACCCCGAGGCCGCCUACACCACAAGCGGUGGGAAGAUCCCCAUCAGGUGGACGGCUCCCGAAGCCAUCGCGUACCGCAAGUUCUCCUCCGCCAGCGACGCCUGGAGCUACGGGAUCGUCAUGUGGGAGGUGAUGUCCUACGGAGAGAGGCCCUACUGGGAGAUGUCCAACCAGGAUGUUAUCCUGUCCAUUGAAGAGGGCUACAGGCUCCCAGCUCCCAUGGGCUGCCCAGCAUCACUUCACCAGCUGAUGCUUCACUGCUGGCAGAAGGAGAGGAACCUCCGUCCCAAGUUCAGUGACAUUGUCACCUUCCUGGACAAGCUGAUCCGCAACCCCAGCACCCUUCACACCCUGGUGGAGGAUGUCCUUGUAAUGCCAGAUUCACCUGGUGAAGUUCCAGAAUAUCCUUUGUUUGUUUCAGUCAGUGACUGGCUGGAUUCCAUAAAAAUGGGUCAGUAUAAAAAUAACUUCAUGGCAGCAGGUUUCACAACUUUGGAUAUGGUUUCAAGAAUGAAUAUUGAUGACAUUAGAAGAAUUGGAGUUGCACUCAUUGGACACCAGAGACGAAUAGUCAGCAGUUUACAGACUUUGCGGUUACACAUGAUGCACAUACAGGAGAAAGGAUUUCAUGUAUGAAAGUAAUAGAAGCAACUGUGUUUUGUGCCUCAGCAUUUCUAAAAUGGAAAAAUAUUCUCAUUCUUCCCUCCUGCUCUUCCCAACUUCAAGAACUGCAGUCUCCAGUUCAGACUAUACAAGUACUUCUAUGUUAAUGCUUCCAAACCGGAAUUUUUAAUCACACUGCACAGCUCCUCCACCAGUUCUCUGCCAAUAAAAUCCUGGCCUACUGCAAGACUCUUGCUGCACAUUGAUGAAUAACUCAGCAUGGAUGUGUAACUUUGUAUAACAGUAUUUGGGAAACUUUCAUGGACUUACUUGAAAGUAGUAAUCUAUUUGGCCUGGUGUGGCUUCUUUAUCGAUGUAUUUAGAAUUUGCUGGUAGAUCAAAAAGUAUUUGACUUCUUUCAUGUUCUGUGACCAUGUAACUUCCAACACCAAAUGUGCAAUCAAAAAGGAGUUAAACAUAAAUAUUUAUUUUAUCUCUUAAUUAAAUCCAAAAGUAUGUGUCCUAUCAUUAUAUUACUUUCUAAUAGUUUGAAUGCUGGUAAGCUGGUGCCUCAAAACAUUAGUAUUGUUUGCAGAAAUGACUGAUGAUUUUAUGUAGCAAGUUUUCAUUGUGUGAAUAAUUGGAAGCAUAGUGAGAGUAAUCUGUUUGAAAUCUUGAGGAAAGUUCUUGAUUUUCAAUUACUUUAGCACUCGACACUUUUUAUGCUUUAAAUUUUAGAUUAGGUUGGAAAAUUUGUUUAUCCUUGGGAUUCCUCACCACCCUACAACCCUUUUUUUUUUUUUUUUUAUGUAAUACUCAGCAUUUGCUUCUACUACUGGAAAACUGACCACAUGUAAAACACGGUUGUCAGCUCUGUUGCAGACACCCAGAUUUCAGAAGAGCUUUCUGUUUCAAACAUGCAGGUCUCUGCUGUUGGAUAGGGAAUCAUCUCCAGCAGCAGCAGCAGAGCUCAGAGGGCCAGCCAUGGGUGGGAUGAUGGGAUCAUUCCCGUGGGAGCAGGCUGGCCAUAUCCUCUUCCAGCCAAGGCAGCAGUGCAGCCCCACUGCUGCUGGAAGUUCCAGGCUGCAGGAUGCAGUGACCUUGCACAAAGGCAGAAAAGGAGAUGCAGGACAGCAGUGUGGUAACAUGUUGCCUUGAGCCUACUUCUAACUGCUUUUAGAGGUUAAAAAGCAAACUCUGCUGAAAUGGGGCUCUGGUCAUUCCAGGCCAGAUCUUCAUUUAGUACAGAUCUCUAAAGGACAUCCGAGGUAUUACCUUUAGAACCCUUCAAUAGCCAUAUUUACAUGCAAGGAAACGUCAGCGAAGGCCUAACAUAAUAUUUGUACCUCUCUAAGACUUCCAGCUUCCAUGUUUUGUUCAGACAACUGACACAGACGUGCUGGGCUACAUUUCCAAACUCUUGCAUGGGAUAUGCACUCCUGGGAGCAGGGGCAGGACCGCAUGGCCGUGCUGUGGAACCCCACGCAGAUCUGCACUGCAUGUCACAUGUAACCUGUGCAGAAGCUUCUCUUCAUUCCUGUGUCCUUUGAGGGUAUCUUUGAGUUCCGUGGCAUCCCAAUGUACUCCAGCAUUGCAGCUCUUCUGUUAAACUGUGCAUUUGGGCUAUCAGUAUAAUCUAUGUGUAUAUCAAAAGGAACUAACUAAUUUGUGUAAUCAUAAUGGUGUUUACUGCUUCAUUUACAGCUUGUAAAUCACGAGGUGUUUCCUAAGUCUUGGAAAAGGCUGCCAUUUUAUAUCAGUCACAAAGAAUGAAAAUCAGAAAGCAACUCAGAAAAAAUUAUGCUUCCAACCAGAUCACAGAGUAAGACACGAGGCCUGAUUUCUGUUGUCAAUUUAUGUUGAAAUAAUUGCAUUAAUUUAGGUGAGAUAGCAGGAAUGCACUAAGUAAUUUUUUCUUUCUUUCAUUACAAAAAAAAAGGCAGAUGUAACUGAGGAAAGAGUUUUCUGAAGACCAGGAGCCACUGGUGUUCUACAAUGCCAAUUUGAUGAGCUUGUUUAAAGAAGGGCAGCCUCAAUCCUAUUGUAGCUCCAAAGGUAAUUUUGUCAGCAGGAGUAUUCCCACUGAAGUCAUCAGUCCAGCACAAGGAUGUGAGUUUUGCAGGAUCACAGCCCUUCAGUGGGGAAAAAAAACAUUUGUUCUUUUCUGUGACUGUCACUCAAAAAAUUCUGCCUGAAUUCCACAUUUGAAUAAUUUUUUAGUAGAGGUGCUCUUACAGAAAGAAAACCAUACUUACCUGAAACCUUUUGAAAAAUACCAACAUACCACAGAGUAAUUUAAAAGAGGAUUUUAGUUCAUCAUUUUAUUAUCCAUUUUGCCUAUCAUUGCUUCCAUGGCCAACAACAGGACAUCUCUGGAAUGAGCCUUUCUCACAAUUAAAUGCAUUACUGAGGAGGUAGGAGUCUGUUAUUUGUUAAUGGGGUUUCAAAAUCAUUCAUAGCUGACCCAAACAAUGUAUGUGCACUUUUACAUUGUCUUUUGACAGUUUUUUUCGUUCCUGGUAGUGAAGAUGCAGAAUUGACAUAGUUAUAUGCACACAACCUGGAUAUAUUUAAUGAAAAAUAAUUUCUAAAUUUAUCGCACUACUGAAAAUAUUUUUUAAAUAGAAAAAAAAUAUAACAAAAGUAAAACAUUUAUUAAUCAGAUAUAUUUUUUAUAUAAACAAGAGUUUGGGUGACCAGAAAGGAAAGAAGAAGGGAUUCUUUGAAUGAGCACAUUUGUUAAUAACGUUGUAAAUCCAGGAUUUUGUGGCUUUAUACAGCUUGGUUUUUUCUGUUGUUGUUCCUGUUGUGGUGCAGUAUGACACUUUUCUAAUAGUUAUCUUGAUGAAAUUUACAUUUUCCCCAUUUUGGAAAUGUUUUAUUUGCUCUUGUGCUGAUUCCUAGUCUAUUCUUGCUUUAGUUUAGCAAUUUUUUAAUCUUUUUUUAAUUUAAAAACAAAACAAAAAAACAACCCUAAGAGGUGUUAUUUUUCAAAUGUGAGCUUAAUUCUGUGCAGUCCACAAAUGUAUAUGUGAAAUUAGAGUAACUUCCUUUGUUACAGGAAAUUCUUUCUUCAGGAGAAAAUUAGCUCUAAUUAUCCUGCAUACUGCAGAGUGCAGCUGGAGUUUAAAUUUGAUAAAUUAAAGCAAAUUUAAUAGGCUGGUUUUGAGAAUCUGGCCCACAUUACAGAGUGCUUCAUGACUAAAAGUACCCAUUGAAAGUUCACAAAAUAAAGUGUGAACUAUAUGCAAGCAACCAAAAAAAAGGUGUUAUAACAUGGAUGUGUGUAAAGAAAUAAUUCUUACCUGUUUCUCUGCAUUCAGUGACAGCUCAUCCAUUCAGGUAUCUGUGCUUGGUCAGAUGCAUUUCAUGCCUUAAUUGUAUCCAGUCAUUUUGCUGAACCUGUGAGACAGGAGGGUCUUGUUCACGAUGUUCAUGGUGUCAAAACUGAACAAGGCACAGCAGAAUGUUUAAUAGAAUUUGCUCAUGAGGUGUUUGCACAUUGGAAUUAUUGAGAAACAAUGGGAUGCUAUGAGGCGAAAGGAAGAGAAUUGAGCCACAUCAUUUAAAUUUUUCUCAAACAAAAUUUACCCUUUUUGUUUCCUGUGAACUUAAAUCCAGUGUCUAUCCAAUAAAAGCUUAGAAACAUGCCAUGCUUCAGGACAUCAGACAGCAUAAAGCAAUCCUUUACUUGCAAAUAGUGCACUCAACAAUAAAAUAAAUUAGAUAGUAAAUUAGUCAAAUAAAUUGUGUCCAAUAUUCUGUUAUUAGAUAUUACUUGGAUUAUUCUGAUACAGAACUCAUAGACUGCAGUACUUUGAUUUUUACAUCACUUAAGACUGACUAUCCAUUUGCUAUUUUUAAUAUAAACCCAACAUAAGGCUUCAUUAAUUUCUUUUUCAAUGCAGAUUCCUACAGGAUUCAAAGAUGGGUCAUAAGUAACAAACAGACCCCCUUUAUGCAGAAUCAGCUGAGAUUUACCAUGAGGAAUGGCAGGGACUGUGGAGGAGCCUAGUGAGACUGCGUUACCCACAGCAAUUUCCAUCUCAGAAUGACCCCAUGGGACACAUCAGCCACCAAGGCAAAGCAGCUCAGAACAUUUUUCACCUUGUAUUGAAGAGCAGUUCCUCAUUUCCAGCUGUCCCUGUUGUAAGCUGCAGCAGUUAUGGAACUGUUUUACCUCAGCUGAUGGAGUGGUUCUGUGGGACACGUUCUGGCAGCUCAGAAUUCUCUUGUGAACACAGGGUUCCUGUAACUCCCCUGUCAUGGGCUCACUCUGUCUUGGAAUAUUCCUUCAGAGAGUGAAAAGCAGGACUUGCCUCUAAUCCAGCCCAACAUUUCUUUAGUUAAAAUAAUUAUAAAAGGUCUGUCUUCCAUUGCAUCUUCCAGGAAAAGCACUAAAAAUAGAGACACUUGUGGCAUUUGCACAUGGUUGAGAACUCUGUAUUCUGUUAAGCAGUUUUCUUCCAGAAUACCCUUGUUCACCAAUUGUAAUGAAUCUUUCCUGAAUAAACAGCAAAGAUAAUUUCUUUUUUAUAAUAGCACUAUAAUUAUUUUUUGAGAAUGAGGGAAAGAUGUGGUGGGCUGGGCUAACUUGUAGUACAAUAAUGAUCUUGAAAUCUCCUGGGGAGAGAAAUUAAUAACUCCCUUAAACCUACAUAAGGUAAAAAAGGGAAGGACUGUCCAUACUAUGCCAAGGAGCUCUAACAAAAACUCAAGCUGCAUAAUACAGUGCCAAGUACUUACAGCUGGCAAAAUUUUCCACCAUCAUAUCCUAUAUUUAGUAGUGCACACUGCCCAUCCAUGAGUGUUGUAUAUAAUUCCUCAGAUCGUAGACCAGGAUAUGGUGAACAUGUUGUGGUUAUAAAAUAUUUGUCUUUAUGUACAUACAGAAUUAUAAAUAGAAUGGAUAUCAUAAAAUCAAAUUUUUCAAACCUAGAAUUAAUUACCAACAACACUAAUGGGGUUUAUUUGCUUUUAAAAAUUUUCAUGGCAUGCACUGUGUGUGUAUAGUUCUUCCCAAAAUUCCUUGGCUUGUUAACUGGAAAUGGACAGCCUCUCUUUUCCUCCACUGGUAGAAAAAAACAUUUUGAAACUGGCUCAGAGAAAGCUGCCUGCUCAUCCUUCUGCUGCCACCUCACCCAACCCCUUCCUGCUGAUUCUCUUCCACUCAGCUAAUUACUGUAGAAAUUAGUGAUCCCCAAGGGGAAGCAAGGUGCCCAUGAGCCAGCAGAUGCAAGAUGGAGUCCAUGCUAUAAAGAGUUUCAGUUCCUCUGCUGAAAUCACCAAAGAUGUUUGCAGAGUAUAUAAAUUAUUUUCUUUUACAUGACCAUUUAUGGACACCUAGGAGGUUAAAAUGAGGGAAAUUUUCAAGGGCGUGUAAGUAGGGAUAAGCCAACAUAUAGCACAAAAAGAUAAGCUGACUUUUAGAAGGGAAAAAGAACAACAACAGUUGAUGAAAAACCUAAGGUUAAAAAUGGAUUAAAGUAUAUUUCCCUAUUUUAUAUGUGAAAUAAGGUAACACCAGUUCAGUGGGAUCUAUUUGUAUGUAUAUUUCUUUAAAUAUCCUGCAUGAGUAUAUCUUACUUUCCUUUCCUGCAAGAGAUUUCCCAAGUACCUAUCUCUUCCAGAAAGGUUUAGCAUAUUAUCUGAUAUUUUCAUACCUGAAUAAUUAAACUGGAAUUUAAAAAAUGCAAGUUCUGGCAGUGAAGAUAUGGGGGGAACAAUAGAAUUAAGAAGUUCAGUCUCAAAGUAAUUGAAAGUUUUCACAUCUGUUCUACUUUGUUCUUGUCCAAAAUUUUUACCUGUAUCUAUCUGAGAACUUUGACUAGUUCUGCACACAUCUCAGUGCCACCUCAGAAACUCCUGAAUCUGUAAAUGGUUCUAGUUUGUGCAGCUUAAUUCAUAUAAAAAGGCUGAUUUGACAUGGGACUUUAUAGAAGACUAGAGUUAGGUAUAAUAAAAAAUCAAAAUCCCUAUAAAAUAUCUGUGAGACACCAUGAGAUAAGAUAUUUUGCCUGAUUAUACUAACACCUCUUCAUU